CCUGCAAGUCGAUCGAAGGAGAAUUUUAGGGAAAAAUAAAUGCAUCAUUUUUGAUGAAAAAGUGAACAUCACCGCCCCCUUCCUUUCAUCACCGUUAGAAUUUGAUGAUCUUGGUGACUUUAUUGCUUUGACAAUAAAGAAUCAUGUCAUCUCCUCCAAAAGAUUCUGCCGCUCAAAGCAGAGCUCAUACGGAUGAUUCACGUACCGUUGAUCAUGCUCAAUUGGAGCAAGAUAUCGAUGCUGCUCGUCAAAUGAAUAGAGCAAGAGUGAACUCCAAUAAUUUGCACAGACAACAAGAUCAGCAAACCGCAGCAGCAGCAGCAACCACUAGUGCAACAUCUGAUUCAGUACCUUCUAACACAUCAUUUGUUCGAUCUGGUCGUUCCGGUUCCAUCAUUUCUCCAUCGAUCCAAAAUAGAGCAGGAAAUGCAAACGCUUUGGACAAUACGACUGUGAAUGACUACAUUGGCAUACCCGCUUCAAGCGUAAACCAAAGCAAUCGUCAACCGACGACGCCUGGCGGUCAAAGUGCUAUACCACCUAACUCCUUCUCACCUUCGUCACCCGUUCAUGUUUUUCAACAGCAACAACAAGCAGCAGCAGCUCAAGCACAAGCAGCAAGAUUCUAUAUGCAACAUCAACGUCAUGGUAGUAAUACUAGUUUGGAUAGUGCAUCUCAUUUUAUUGAUCAUCGCAACCAACAAUCGAUUGGCGUUACCGGCCCUAUCAGUCCUUCAUACCGUGCUUCAAGUGGAAGAUUAUCGAUGAGCAGACCAGAUGGUGCAAUUCCUUCUUCGCUUCGUCAAGGUAUUCCGAUCGAUAAUGCUAGUGCGCUUGAUGAUGAACCUGGAAGUUCUCCCAUCGAAGAUGCUCUGAAUCCUCAUUCAUUCGCUCAACGCCACCAAGCAAAUCCUCGAUCACACUCUAACACAUAUGGAGUAAGCGUAGGAAGAAGUGUAGGCUCCGGACGUGGUCAAAGAUCUGAAAGAUUGGUGGAUAUCGAAGAUGAAAAUGAUCAUUCUCGACUUGGCUUAUCGUCUUCACAGAGAUCAGCAGUACAAACCUCGGAAGUGCCUCAUACACCUUCACGUAGGCCUUCAUUAGCCGAAGAUGAUGUAUGUUUCCCUAUCUAUACUCCAGGCGCAGAUCAAUUGGGAGGGAUGGAAGGCGCACCUGAACUUGCUCGUCAAAGCUCGCAAAUGAAUGCAAACCAUAUUGCCGAGCAAUUUGAACAGCAGCAGCAUGCAACAGCUGAAAUGGGUGCCAAUGCGCAUCAAACAUUACCUCCCGGAUUUCCCUGGACUUUUGAUUUAAAUUCCUUGCAAGAAUACGCUGAACAAGAGAAGAAGCGUGUUCAAGAGGAAGCAACUGCAAGCACACAUCCACUUUGGUCGAAUUCAGGAAAUCUGCGAAACAGAAGUGGUGCAGCAACAAUCGCGGGAACCAGGGAUAUUCGACGUCAAUUCAAUCAAGAUCAAUCUUUCCGAUCCUCUGCUUACGGCAUUUCCCCCGAUAGCGAUGAUGCAACCUUUUAUUCUCGAAGACCAAGAAGAUAUAAUGAAGGACAGGGUACCGAAAGCGACGCAAAAUCAAGCGGACGUUAUCAAAGAAAGUUGGCCUUAUUCGAAGGCGCUGGAACUACACCUCCUCCGAUCGGCUCUCGCUCAUUGGCCGCAAAUGCAUCUUCAGGCAGGGAUAACAUUUUGGGAAAAGGAACUUUAUUGAACGAUGAAGUUGAUCGGCACAGAGCGGGUUUGGGAGCUAAAAGGAUGGAUAGCAAUGGCUUCCCUAUUGACAACAAGACUCCACUUUUGGAUUCGGCUUCUCGUACACCUCUUCCAUCUUAUCGUGGCACUUCAGCAGAAGGGGCUGGAUGGUCACCUUCCGAUGACGAAGAUGGAGCGAAUGGUGUUACGCCUGUUUCGAGAAGUUUAUCUGUUGGCGCAAACUUGAACAAUCUCGAUCGACGAUCGCGCAAUGGACAAAGACCGAUGAGAGCUGCAAGACAUACACGAGCGGGAUCUUAUGGCAGUGAAAAGCAAUAUCGAUUCACGUUUUACAGUAAUGCAUUGCCAAACACAAUCCAUGCAAGGCAUUUGUACGAAUUACCUGCUCCCGGACAGACUUUUGAGGAGCUACUGAUGGGCGUUGAGGCACGAAAUUCAAAUCAGACAGACAAUGAACAAGAAGACGAAGCUGAAACACAUCCAAGCACAAUGGAGACUGGAAACAUUGUCAAUCCAGCACCAAAGCCCAACAAUACUGCUUCUUCGUCAAACAAUAAAGGUGUAUCAGCUUUGACAUCUGCCCUGAUGAAUUCAGGUCGCUUGGAAGGGAGCACCGCACCCAACACGGGUGCAAAUACACCGGACCACGUGCCAAAUGUGCGUACUGCAACCCUCACAUCGAAUGCUGCCAAAGCCCAUAUGGGUCAACAAAUCGGUGGACAACAUGCCUUGCCUGGAGCGAAUAGCACAACAGCCGCUUUGCCUGCUGCUACUAUGGAAAAAGCUCGUGCUUUACCGGGCGGAGGCUACCGUGUCGAACAAGAUCCAGAAACUUGUACUUGGUGGUUGGACGUCCUUUGUCCAACAGAUCAAGAGAUGAAAACAUUAAGUCGAGUAUUUGGAAUCCAUCCUUUGACAACUGAAGAUAUCCUUAUGGAAGAAACCCGAGAAAAGAUUGAACUGUUCCGAAAUUAUUACUUGGUCUGUUUCAGAUCUUUUGAUCAAGACCCAUACAGUCCGACAUAUUUGGAGCCUUUGAAUAUGUAUGUGAUCGUUUUCCGCGAAGGGACAUUGUCAUUCCAUUUCCGUGCAACACCACAUCCACAAAACGUUCGAAGGCGUAUCAAACAAUUAAAGGAUUACAUCAACGUCACAUCCGAUUGGAUCUCUUAUGCGCUCAUCGAUGACAUCACUGACGCAUUUGGCCCUCUGAUUCAAUCGAUCGAAUACGAAGUAGACAGUAUCGAUGAAUUGGUACUCAUCUUAAAGGAAGCUGAACAAAGCGAUAUGCUUCGAAGAAUCGGAACAUGUCGUAAGAAAGUCAUGGGUCUUUUACGUCUUAUGGGUAACAAAGCAGACGUUGUCAAAGGUUUGGCAAAGCGUUGUAACGAGAACUGGUCAGUUGCGCCUAAAUCUGAUAUCGGACUUUAUCUCAGUGAUAUUCAAGACCAUUUGAUCACCAUGACGCAAAAUUUGAAUCACUACGAAAAGAUUUUAAGUCGUAGUCAUAGCAAUUACUUGGCACAAAUUUCGAUCGAAAUGACGGAUGCAAAUAAUCAAAUUAAUGACGUCUUGAGCAAAUUGACUGCUCUUGGUACUGUCAUCGUUCCUUUGAACGUCAUCACAGGUUUAUGGGGAAUGAACGUUCAUGUUCCUGGUCAAGAUAUCGAAACUUUGGAUUGGUUCUUUGGCAUUUUGGCUGUAAUGGUUGCUUUGGCUGUUGUCGGUUAUUUUGCUACAAUCCGUUAUCUCAGCCGGUAGAGGCAUUGCUUCAUUUUUUGUAUUCAUUUAUUCAUCUCGGGAGUGUUGCAAUAUAUACAGUUUAUAAGGUAGCUUGAUUUUUGUUGUGAGGAAGUCCAUUUCCUACCAAUGACCACCGUAAUUCCAUCGCUCGAUGCCAAGAUUGGUCAUCUUGCGGUAGAUUUAAAGUAAUCUGACUCUCUCUGUUGUCAC